UUUUAUCUGUUUAGGGGUAUUAUUUUUUGUCUACAAAUCGUGACCACAUGUAGUUUAAGAGUGUACCUUUAAUUCAUAUAUAGAGCCAUUACAAUGUUAGGUGGUAUUGGUAAAAUACCCAAACACAGCGGCUUGAUUAUUGCCCUGCGCCGUCACGCUUUAUGAGUCCAAAUGGUGUGUGCGUGUAAUACACUUGUCAUUUAGGGCGUAACUCGCUUCUAUAGAGGUAUUUUCGAUUUCGGACAGGACAAGUUAACGGGUGGAUAAUAUAAACUAGGAGAUACACACCUGUGUGCGUUAACGGACAAAUCGCCGCUAGAUUGGACGUUACUUCGUGUUCUGAUACCGGGUAACGAUGGCUAGAAGUAGUUGUGCGACAGGUAACUUGAUUGUGGCCACCAUUUUGGGCCCCAUAGUGCUGGUACUUCUCGCGAUUUCGUUCGCCACUGACCAUUGGCUGGAGUAUGACGUCAACAAGUCCCUCCUGACAACUACUCAUCAAACUGAUCGCGACACUAAUAUCCAGUUCGCCCGCUACACUCACGACCGGCAUCGGGGACUUUGGAGGGAGUGCUACCCAGGAAACGACACUCAAUUCCUGGACAAUGUGAACUCAAAAUACGGUCAGGAGCUGAUCGACAAGUACUGCUUCUUUGUGCGCCUCGAGAUCCCCGAGAAAGGCAACAAUGUGGACUGGACUAGCGAGUUCGUCACCAGAAUUCACCUGAUGCGCGUGUGGGUGGCGUUCUUCAUAGUGGCCCUCACGGUGUUCCUCGUGUCCUACAUAUUCGGCCUAGUCCUGUGCUGCUGGAGACAGUCCAAGUGGGCCUACAUCGCCGGCCUCCUCGCCUACAUCGCAGCAUUCUUCACUGCCGCUUCGAUUGCAUUCUUUCACGGUGCUGAGUAUUUGGAGCGAAACAAAAUAAAGGAUGUCGACCCACUUACUGGCAAAUUCUGGUUCGCAUGGGAAGAAGACGUGAAGAAUGCCACGGAUCGGGACUACGGCUACUCGUACAUCAUUGGUUGGAUCGGCAUGGCCCUGGCCGCUAUCACCGCAACCCUGUACUCGGUCGCGGGCUGCUUCAUUGGCGGAGAGAGAUACAAGGAUGAGUACGGCGAGAAGGGCAGGUCACGUGACUACCUAGAACGCAGCUACCCCAUGCCCCUGGAGGCACAGCCCUACUACCCCAAGGGCUACUACCAAUACGGAGCCGGCCCCUACCUGUACGAUAUGGAGAACCGCCAGCCACUUCCGGCGAUCACUUACGGGCCACCGCCAGGAGCGUACUUUCAGGGAUAUUAAAUUGGCCGCCCGACAAGAGUAUACUUUACCAUGACAUCACAUUAGAGCUCAGAUUCUUGUCGAGAUGCACAAAAUAUAUUACCCACGGUGUUAUGUGAUUUAUUUAGGGAUUCUAACUAGACAAGUUACAGUACAUCAAACAAUCUUCCUUGUUAUAUUACCGUUUUGAACCUUUGAGGCUUAGCAAAUAGUUAGUUUUGCUUUUUGUUGCUUUUUCUUUAAAUAUUAACGUAUCAACACGACCCGUUGUUGAAUACUUCUCAUUGAAUGUCAGUAGAUCUGUGCCAACUUGGAAUCUUCCAUUGACAUACUGACAUUUCCAUGACAUCUACGAAUCUGUGCGCGUCCCUUAACUGCCAAAUACUAUUUGAUGGUCGUCUUCUAUCGUUUUAUUAAUUGAUAAAAUAUCAUCGGCGUUCAAGUUUUUUUAAAGAUUUUACUUGGAGGUUAAUAAUGCAAGUAAAAACACCUUGUGUUUGUUCAUGGAAAAUGGCUUACCUAUUGAAUGUGUCAAAUAUAGACUGAUACACAACAUCUCUCUGGGGAUGAGCAUUUUAUAAGAGUUAUGAAUAUAUUGUUUCUGUAUAGACUUUAUAUGUUUUAUAUAUUAUCUCUAUAGCAAUUUUCUAUUGUGAAGUAGUAUGAAUGACAGGGUAUUCCAUGUAGUAUUGAAUGUAUGAUGUUUAAGUGGAUAACAUAUGGAACUAAUUUGCCUACUAGUAAAUUGAUGCUGCUAAAACAGUGGCCUUUUUAAACGACAUUGUCAUCUUUUUCCAAUCCAUUACCCGACACAUUCUAUCUUAUUGUUCAUUAUAAAUUGACUUAACGAUACGUCUUGGUGCAUUUAGCAUUCAUUGAAUGACAUCCAACAAGUAAAACACACCCAUUGGUCAAGGUUAAGUUAUAUCACGCCCUGUUGUAGCGACGUCAUUUAUAUCCGAUGUACUAAUAAAAUGUAUAGUCAUGUAAAAUAAUUAUCAUUGUAUAUACCAUGUACAAAGUACAAAUAAAUGUCUUUUCUUA